GUGGCUGCCACCGAUGCCCGCCACGGCACCGGUCGGCGCCGUGGCGACCAUCCACCGGCGAACCACCCCCUUCAAGACCCUGGCGCCCCCGCUAACCCUAACGCGCCCCUCCCUCACUCUCCCUCCCACACCCUCGCGCCCCAUCUUCCUCUCUGCCUCGCCCGAGCGCUGCCAUUGCCCUGGCCACCUCGCCGACGUGCUCUCCGUCAACACCGCGACAUGGGAAGGCGUCCAUGAGCUCCGCAGCUCCCCUCUGCAUCGACUACGACCACCAGUUCAAGCCGGGCGCCCCCACAUCGCUGGAUCCGAGCUCUCUUCCCCGUCGGCCGCCGUGCGCCUCCCGCCAUCGAUCCCGUCUCCCUGCGCUCCUAAACCGCUCAACGAGCCUUUCUUGAGCUCCACGACCCCGAGACGGAUGCUUCCCUUGUGAUCGACUACGUCGACGACGACCCCUCCUUGC